GAGGUUCUUGUUAUUUUGCACCGUCCCAUUUUCCCAGUUGUUACCGCACUCUGCUGUGACAAUCCUCUGAUCGCUGGAUUAUUUCACUUUGUAAAAUUUACGUACUUGCUGUUGUAACUUUAGGCAGCUUCAUUGCACAAGUGUCUCUUCUGACUGGGAUAUCCACACACAUACUAAACGUGUUUGAUAUCUGUUUAUUAGGGAGCAGCCUCGUCAGCAUCACUGCUGUGUGGUUCAGUAAAAAUGUUUGGCAAGACAGUAAUAAGGAGUAUUUGGGGAUCGAGGAGUGCGGCGGCAUGCUAUCGUCGGAAGUAUACAGAAAGUGCUGUCAGUGCCGCCCAUCGACAGAAGGAAAUUAUCAAAAGCAGAUACAUAGAAAAAGAUGAGCUCCGGCCUCUCUACAUGGAUUUUCAAGCUACAACUCCAAUGGACCCACGAGUUUUGGAUGCCAUGCUUCCUUAUCAAGUAAACUAUUAUGGAAACCCGCAUUCCAGGACUCAUGCCUAUGGGUGGGAGAGUGAGAGAGCCAUGGAAAAAGCCAGAAAGCAAGUAGCAGAUUUGAUUGGGGCAGAUCCCAGGGAGAUUGUUUUUACCAGUGGUGCCACGGAGUCAAACAACAUGUCCCUCAAGGGAGUUGCUCGGUUUUAUAGAUCCAAGAAGAAACACAUAAUUACCACCCAGAUUGAGCACAAGUGUGUUUUGGACUCAUGUCGGAUUCUAGAAGCAGAAGGUUUUAACAUUACUUACCUUCCGGUGCAAAGCAAUGGCUUGAUUGACCUAAAGCAACUUGAAGAAACCAUCCAACCAGAUACAAGUCUGGUAUCAGUGAUGACUGUGAACAAUGAGAUUGGAGUGAAACAGCCAGUGAAGGAAAUCGGUGAAAUCUGCCGAUCGAGGAGUGUGUUCUUCCACACAGAUGCUGCGCAGGCGGUUGGAAAGAUACCCAUCAAUGUCACAGACUGGAAGAUUGACCUUAUGUCUAUCAGCGGUCACAAGAUAUAUGGUCCUAAAGGAGUGGGGGCGCUGUACGUGCGGCGACGGCCCCGGGUUCGGCUGGAGCCCAUUCAGUCUGGUGGGGGACAGGAGCGAGGCCUGCGUUCCGGAACCGUCCCCACCCCCCUGGCGGUGGGACUAGGAGCUGCAUGUGAAAUUGCGCAACAGGAAAUGCAGUAUGACCACAGUCGGGUGUCUAUGCUGGCCAAGCGUCUUCUUCAGAAAAUCAUGUCAGAGCUGCCUGAUGUAGUCGUGAAUGGAGAUCCUGACCAGAGAUAUCCAGGAUGCAUAAAUUUGUCCUUUGCCUACGUGGAAGGUGAGAGUCUGCUGAUGGCCUUGAAGGAUGUGGCCCUGUCCUCUGGCAGUGCCUGUACUUCUGCAUCGCUGGAGCCCUCCUACGUGCUGAGAGCCAUUGGCACAGAUGAGGAUCUCGCACACUCUUCAAUCAGGUUUGGUAUUGGAAGAUUUACCACGGAGGAGGAAGUCGACUACACAGCAGAGAAGUGCAUCCGGCAGGUCAAGCGUCUGAGGGAGAUGAGCCCCCUGUGGGAAAUGGUGCAGGAAGGAAUUGACCUGAAGAGCAUCAAAUGGACACAGCACUGAAAAGGAUUGUGGGAACAACAAUCUUAGCGGGAAUGUGUUUUAUGUGUGCUUGAACUUGUUAUAAUCCUAUGUCUGAGUAACAAGGAUAUUUUUCCAGAGGUAUUUCCCUGUAGGAAAUGCAAAACACGCACAACGUUUUUAUUUGAGGAGCUGUAUACAUUACCUGGGUGUGGUAUCUCUUUUAUGUUGGACAGAUUUAUCCAUUGCACGAUAAAUGUAGUAGAAGGGCCAGCUCAUUAGCACUGUGACUGCCAUCGCUGGACAGAGGACAGAACAAAAGGCUUUGGUCUACCCCAAGUGCAAGGCCACCGAAUGACUUCACACACAAGCACCAGUCUUAGGGAAACAUUCAAAUGGCUGCAUCUUGGAGCCACGGAGGUGCUGUUUGCCGCCUUCCUAAUGCAUUCUACAUGAAAUAAGUUUGUCUGUAUUACUUUUGGAAAGCUGGGAUUUUUAUAUUGCAGUAAAUGAUUAUAUUCACUUGAUGCCUUAAUUAGAAUGAAUUCUUUAGACUGUUUUGGAGUUAAAUCACUCAUUUUCAAACACUUUCUGAGAAAAGGGUUGAGAUUAAGUGCAGUUGCUUGACUUAUGCCUUAUUUUUUAGCUCCAUUUGUUAAUGGAGGUGCAGUGCUUCAUCCUGCUUCACUGAUUACAUUUCACACAUUUACACCAAUUUAGUUGUCAGCUCUUAACUUUUGUGUAUAUAGCAUAUAUAUGUACAGCAUUUGAUUGAUGAUCAAGGUCAUGACCAUUAUUCAUAUGCUUCUCUGCUGUUCACAUAGCACUGCUAGGGCAGGGCAGUGAAGAGCCCUGCAUUCACCAUGAUUUAUGUAAAUGUCUGAAUAAUCUAUUGAGAAUAUUGCUUCAUAUAUGAAAGUCUGUAUAUACAAGCGGCAAAAUUCAGUGAUUGCAAGUCAUUUUUAUGUUCAGUCUUUGGGUUUACGGAUGGUGUCAGAAACAAUGUAAUAUUUGUAACUAUCACUUAAAGCAGGGUUCAUACAUAAAAUCAUAAAAUUAAGAAAUCACAUUUUCCGGAAAAGGUAUGGAAAAUAAAAUCUGAAAGUUUUGGAAAA